AUUUAUGAAAAACUCGAAGAUUAAUGUUAAAAAAAAGUAAAUUACAUUAUAUAAAAGUAUAAUUAGUAUCUUGGCUUUAUCCGAAUUUAUUCCAGGAUCAAUAAAUUUAUCAUAAGGAGUGAAAAUAAAAACCAGUCUGCUGCUACAGCUACUUCAACUACUGACUCACUUUUUUUUCUGUAUUGACUGGUCUAGAAGAGACAGUUUUGUUGCCACAAUUGAAAUAAUUUCUGGUGAAUUGUAGCAACAAAUAUGUCUUCAUCGGCGAUAUAUGUUUUGGAUGUAAAAGGUAAAGUGCUAAUAUCGCGCAAUUACCGUGGCGACAACAUGGAUUUGGCCGUAAUAGACAAAUUCAUGCCGUUGUUAAUGGAAAAGGAAGAGGAGGGAAUGAUCACACCCAUAUUGCAAACGGCCGAAUGUACUUUUGCCUACAUAAAAACAAACAAUUUGUAUAUUGUAUCCACUACGCCGCGCAACAAGAAUGUCAAUAUUGCGUUGGUGUUUGUAUUUCUACACAAAAUAGCUCAAGUGUUUAUCGAGUAUUUCAAGGAGUUGGAGGAAGAGUCUAUACGUGACAACUUUGUCAUAAUAUACGAGCUGCUUGAUGAGCUCUUAGAUUUUGGCUACCCCCAGACCACAGACUCGAAGAUACUACAGGAGUACAUUACACAGGAAGGUCACAAAUUGGAAAUACAACCACGCAUUCCCAUGGCCGUAACAAAUGCGGUUUCAUGGCGUUCAGAGGGUAUUAAAUAUCGUAAGAAUGAAGUAUUUUUGGAUGUUAUAGAGUCCGUCAAUCUCCUGGCCAAUGCAAACGGCAAUGUGUUGCGCAGUGAAAUUGUAGGUGCCAUUAAAAUGCGCGUCUAUCUGUCGGGUAUGCCCGAAUUGAGAUUGGGUUUGAAUGACAAGGUUCUGUUUGAGAGCACAGGUCGUGGCAAAUCCAAAUCUGUAGAAUUGGAAGAUGUCAAAUUUCAUCAAUGCGUUCGUUUGUCUAGAUUUGAAAAUGAUCGUACAAUUUCUUUUAUACCACCUGAUGGCGAAUUUGAAUUAAUGUCCUACAGAUUGAAUACACAUGUAAAACCAUUGAUCUGGAUAGAAUCAGUCAUUGAACGUCAUGAGCACUCUCGUGUUGAGUAUAUGAUCAAGGCCAAAUCACAGUUUAAACGUCGUUCUACAGCAAACAAUGUGGAGAUUAUUAUUCCGGUACCAGCCGAUGCAGACUCACCGAAAUUCAAGACCACCAUUGGCAGUUGCAAAUAUGCACCCGAACAAAAUGCUGUCAUUUGGACUAUUAAAUCGUUUCCGGGCGGCAAGGAGUAUUUAAUGCGAGCUCACUUUGGACUGCCCAGUGUUAAGAGUGAAGACAGUUUAGAGGGCAAACCGCCUAUCCAAGUGCGAUUUGAAAUUCCAUACUUUACGACAUCUGGCAUACAAGUACGCUAUUUGAAAAUCAUUGAAAAGAGUGGUUAUCAAGCUCUACCUUGGGUGCGUUACAUCACUCAGAAUGGAGACUAUCAGCUACGCACUAAUUAAUAGUUGCUUUUAUAAAUGGAAUGCCUUGAUGUUUCUGCUUAAAAAUAUAUAUUUUAUUUUGUAUUACUACUUGUUUGCAAGGUUUUUUUCUGUUUUUAUUAUACAUUGUAAGAUUUUAUUCAAAUAUUUUAAGAGAAAAAAAACAAAACAAAAUUCAUUCCGUAUUAAAUUUUACAAACUAUUGAGAAUUUUUGGUAUUCUUUGAUUAUUUCGUGUAUACAUAUGUAUUAAAGUUUAAAUGAAGAAAAUAAAACGACUUUGUUUUUAAUUGUAUUUAACUGCUGUUGCUCUGUAUAUUUUCAAUAAUCGGCUAAAACAAAAUAUAUUUACAUGUAUAAAUUGAUAUUGAUAUCUGAAGGAUAUACAACAUAACAUACACUUUUGUCCAAUUCACAACAAUUAUACAGAAUUUGUUUAUGCAAAAUAUACCCUCAAUCAAAAAUAAUAAUUGCUUUAAAAUUAUUUACAUAUAUGUAUUUCUAUAACUUGUACUACUUAAAUAAACUAAUAAAUGCACUUUAAACUA